CCCAAUAAGAACUCUGAUUUCUUCUCUCUCUCUCUCUCUCAUUUACCAAAUUUCAAAUUUCCACUCUAAAGCGGGAAGUGAAGAACAAACCCUCGUCCAAAAUCCACUCUGACAAUACCAGAAGAUCGUCAAUGGCGGACGGCCAUAGGAAGCCGGCGAUGAGCCUCAAUCAGCUUCACAGCCGAUAUCUUGUCGACCUCUCUGCUUCUCAACCUAAUCAACCCAAACCAAAACCAGUCGAUGAUGUAAUCCAAUCAACGGUAAAGCCCAAUGAGAGAUUUGACGAUGUUCCCCGAUUUGACUUCGGUACUCCUUCUCCGCCUGUUCAAGUGAAUGAUGAAGAGCCUGUGUCAAAGCUUAAGGAAUCAUCUCCGUGCUUGUAUGGUGGCUUUUCUGAUUUUGAUUCUCCUUCUUCCGUUCUUGCCGCUGAACCACAUGAAAGUGGAAAGACUGCUAAAGAAGGCGGCAGUUCGUCUGAGACAAAUCCUACUACUUCUGGCUCAUAUGAAUAUAAUACCAAUUUUCCAGCCUCUGAACCGCAUGAAAGAGGAAAUACUGCUAAAGAAGAUGACAAUUAUUCUGAGAUAAAUCCAACUAUUUAUGACUCAUCUGAAUAUGAUGCCAAUCUCCCAGUUGGUUUCGAACAUGAGCAUAUUGAGCAAGAGAGUGGAAAAAUACCUGAAGAAGUUAAUACUGCCAAGGAAACAUCUUCAGUAUCUAGUAUUACUGAAUUUGGUUCUAGUUUCCCAGAAACAAUUGCAGGAGAAGAAAGGCAAACAAAGGUGAGAAUUAAAGGCAGACGUCGCCUCUGCAAAAUAGCAGACAGUGAUGCUGAGGCAGGAAAGAAUUUGACAAGAGAGGAAGAGCCAAAACCAGAUGGCAUUUCGGAUUUCGAUUCGCCUUUUCAAGCGAACAAAUCAUGCGAGAGUAAAGGAAAUGAAAUCAGAGACAUACUGAAUGAUUUGAGCUCGAGGUUUGAGAUUCUGUCCAUUGAGAAGAAAAAGCUACCCAAGAAAGUCGAGUUGCAGGAGCCAGUAAGAAGUAAACUGUAUGACGUGACCAUAAACGAGGGAUCACCUGAAUAUCAAGCUGCUUCCGCUACUUCAUUUCUGCUUUCGUCCGAUACUUUAACAGAGACAACAAAGUCGAAAUUUGGAGGUGCGGUUACCAAUGAACUGCCACAGAAAAAGAAUCGCAAUGCUGAUGUAAAGGAUGAUGGUUUUUUUGGUAAGGCCAACAGAACCAUGGAUAACUCUCGAGGGUUUAAAGAUAAUAAAUUUAUGAAGGCACAUGUAAAGCCAGAGCCUGCAAAAGAAUCUAAAGCUUACAAUUAUAAAAGACAAGAGAAAGAUUGCAAUUCUGACAAUUAUGCAUUUUUGAGUGAACGAGUGGACGGGAAGCAAGGGAAGUUCAUUGAAGUGUCUGACGAUGACGAAGCUGAUGAUGUCAGCAUAGUGGAUGGUGAUGUAGAGGAUUUCACGUUGAGUGGUCUGAAGGGCACAUACAGGUUAUCUGCUAAAAUGGCAAAAAUGUUGUAUCCACAUCAGCGCGAAGGCUUAAAGUGGCUUUGGUCUCUUCAUUGUAUGGGUAAAGGUGGAAUUUUGGGUGAUGAUAUGGGCCUUGGCAAGACAAUGCAGAUUUGUAGCUUUUUAGCUGGACUGUUCCAUUCCAAUUUGACUCGGAGGGUGUUGAUUGUUGCCCCAAAAACACUAUUAACCCAUUGGACAAAUGAGCUGUCAACAGUUGGGCUCUCCGAUAAGACGAGAGAGUAUUUUUCAACUUGCGCAAAAUUACGACACUAUGAGCUGCAGUAUGUACUUCAGGACAAAGGUAUUCUUCUAACAACAUACGAUAUUGUGCGGAACAAUACAAAAGCCUUGUGUGGAGAUCAUCGUUACUGCGAUGAUGGAGAAGAUGAAAUGAGAUGGGAUUAUAUGAUUCUUGAUGAAGGCCAUCUUAUAAAAAAUCCAAGUACACAAAGGGCAAAGUCGUUGCUUCAGAUACCUUGUGCUCAUCGCAUCAUUAUCAGUGGCACUCCACUCCAGAACAAUUUAAAGGAACUUUGGGCCUUGUUUAGUUUCUGUUGUCCUGAGCUGCUAGGCGACAAGAAAGAGUUUAAGGAAAAAUAUGAGCACUUCAUUAAUCGAGGAAACGAGAAAAAUGCCUCUGAUAGGGAAAAGCGCAUUGGUUCAUCUGUUGCAAAGAACCUGAGAGACUGCAUUCAACCAUAUUUUUUGAGACGAAUGAAAAGCGAAGUAUUUCAGGAUAAUACCUCACUGUCCAAGAAGAAUGAGAUUAUUGUAUGGCUACGAUUAACUCAAUGCCAGCGUCAACUUUACGCAGCUUUUUUAAACAGUGAGAUUGUGAUCUCAGCUUGUGAUGGUUCCCCUCUUGCUGCAAUUACGAUCUUGAAAAAAAUAUGUGAUCAUCCACUUCUAUUGACAAAAAGAGCUGCUGAAGAUGUUCUAGAAGGGUUGGAUUCAAGUGUGAACCAGGACGAUCAACGUGUCGCCGAAAAAUUGGCAAUGCAUUUGGCAGAUGUUGCUGAGAGAUUUGACAUUGUUGAUAAUCAUGAUAUCUCUUGCAAAUUAUCGUUUAUAUUAUCUUUACUGGCUGAUUUAGUUCCAAAGGGACACAACGUGCUUAUAUUUUCACAAACUCGGAAGAUGCUUAAUAUAAUUCAGGAAUCAUUGAUGGCCAAUCAAUACAAGUACAUGCGUAUAGAUGGGACUACCAAAAUUGCUGAUAGAGCUAAAAUCGUCAAGGAUUUCCAAGAGGGCCGUGGAGCGCCAAUUUUUCUCUUGACUUCCCAAGUUGGUGGAUUGGGCCUUACACUAACCAACGCCGAUCGUGUAAUUGUGGUUGACCCUGCUUGGAAUCCGAGCACUGACAGUCAGAGUGUAGAUCGUGCAUACCGGAUUGGACAAAAGAAGGAUGUUGUCGUUUACAGACUGAUGACAUGUGGCACCGUGGAGGAGAAAAUUUAUAGAAAGCAGGUAUUCAAAGGAGGAUUAUUCAGAAGUGCAACUGAACAUAAAGAACAGAUUCGUUAUUUCAGCCAACAGGACCUCAAGGAUCUUUUCAAUUUGCCCAAACAAGGAUUUGAUAUUUCUCUCACUCAACAACAGUUGCUUGAAGAGCAUGAUGAACAGCAUAUAAUGGAACCGUCGCUCAAAGCACAUGUAGAGUUCCUUCAAACUCUCAACAUUGCCGGAGUUAGCCAGCAUAGUCUGCUAUUUUCGAAGGCAGCGCCUGUACAAACUAUUGAAAUAGAGGACGAACAAGAAAAGUUAAAAGGGAGUACAUUCGUAGGGAAUGCAUCUACACGACCAUAUGUGGAGCGUAAUGUUGAUGGGGCGCAAUACGCAUACAACCCCAAGGAUGUAAAGAGAUUUCAGAGGAAUUCAAGUCCUGAUGUUAAAGAACCAUCAGCAGAGGAAAUCCGAGAGAGAAUUAAUCGCUUAUCCGACAUCUUUAAUACGGUUGCAGUCUCAAGGCUACCUGAUAAAGGAGAAAAAAUACACAGGCAAAUAGCUGCAUUGUACGUUCAGCUUGAUCAGUUGAACAUUACAAAAGGAAACGAGGACGAUGUUAUCGAGUUGUAGAGACACGCGGAUUGUGCUAUAUCCUAAACCUCUCAAGUUUCUCGUUGGGCGAUUUAUUGUUAUCAUUUAAGUAUGAUUUCCCUGGAAAUCUGAUCUCCUAAUAUAAGGUUUUGUUAUUGUUUCGAGAGCUGAUAUUCGGAAUUAGAAAACAAUAUGUACUGAUCUCAAAAUAGUUUUGUGCUCAAAAUUGUGAAAAACUCGAUCACAAAUUUCUAAAAAGUAUUUCCGAUUGUCGUUUGAAUGUCAA